ACAGCGACGUCAUCAAGGUCCUUUCCGUGAGGAUGCGAGUGAGCUGCAUGUACCGAAGUCACGUGUGCUUACUGUGCUGAGUCUGUAGACGGAUAGAGUCGGGAGGUGCGCGUUAUCCGCCGGUGUCCAGCAUGAGGGUGGUGGCGCUUAUUAGUGGUGGGAAGGACAGCUGCUACAACAUGAUGCAAUGUGUCAUGACCGGUCAUCAGAUCGUUGCCUUGGCCAAUCUUAAGCCACCGGAGAAUGCAGCAGGGGAUGAAUUGGACAGCUAUAUGUACCAGACAGUUGGCUACCAGGCACUUGAUCUGUACGCAGAAGCCAUGGCUUUGCCACUAUACCGUGCUACCCUCAGUGGUUCUAGUUUAAACACAGCAAGAGGGUAUACACCUAAAGAAGGAGAUGAGGUUGAAGAUCUUUACCGUUUGCUGAAAUUGGUUAAGGAUAAAGAGGGAGUGGAUUCUGUUUCAGUUGGAGCUAUCCUGUCUGACUACCAGCGUGUACGAGUGGAAAAUGUGUGUCAACGACUCGGUCUUCAGCCACUUGCUUUCCUCUGGCGCCGAAAACAAGAGGACCUGUUGAGUGAAAUGAUAUCCAGUGGGUUGCAUGCCAUUCUCAUCAAGGUAGCUGCACUUGGGUUAGAUCCUAAAAAACACCUUGGAAAGUCGCUGGAAGAAAUGAGGCCUCAUCUGAUGCAGCUGUCUGCCCAAUAUGGGGUCCAUGUGUGCGGAGAAGGAGGGGAAUAUGAGUCUCUUACUUUGGACUGUCCACUCUUCAAGAAGAAAAUAAUUGUUGAUUCCUCAGAGGUGGUGAUGCAUUCUAAUGACGCCUUUGCUCCUGUGGCUUAUCUUCGAGUGUCAAAGCUUCAUUUGGAGGAUAAAGUUGGACCUCCAGCACUCAUUUCAGGAGAGCCUUGUCCCUGUGAUAUUGUACAUCUUCUACCUGAUGACACAGAGAUAAAUACAGAUUUGGAAAAGCAGCCUAUGAGUUUUAUCCCCCAGGCCUGGGCUUCAGAUACUAUAGUCCAGCAGUCGCCCCAGUCAUUGAAUGGAUAUCGUUGGAUUAGUGAGAUAACUGCCAGGGGAAGUAAUGUCCAUGAAGCCACUCUCUCUGCACUCUCUUCUUUCAAAGCAAAAGCCCAAGAGCUCGGUCUGCAGAUGAGUGACGCUGUGUUGGUUCACCUAUAUGUCCGAAACAUGGAUGACUUUGCCUCCAUCAACACUGAAUAUGGAAGACUCUUCCCUUCAGAGCCCCCUGCUCGGGUAUGCGUGCAGUGCUGUCUACCUCAGGAUACCCUCUUGAAGAUGGAUGUCCUCUUUUGGCGGCAGUCUGCCACUUGCGGGGAAGACGGCUCCCCGGAGAAGAUAGUCAUGCAUGUACAAAGCAUGUCUCACUGGGCCCCUGCUAACAUUGGUCCCUACAGCCAAGCCGUGCGGGUUGGCGGUGCAGUAUUUUGUGCUGGACAGAUUGCUUUAAUACCUUGCACCAUGCAGCUUAUCCCUGGAGGAAUUGUUACAGAAAGCAGUCUUUCCUUGCGCCAUGUUGACAGAGUCUUGGAUGCUAUGAGUCCCGGCACUUCCCGAAGUCAUGUUUUUGUUGCACAUUGCUAUGUGACACACAGUUCCUAUAUACGCUGUGCUUUGAAAGCAUGGGAAGCUUCUGCUGAAAAUAAGAAUACCGACCCUCCCCUUACAGUGGUUGUAGUUCCCAGGCUCCCGCGUGGCGCUGUUGUAGAGUGGCAUGUCAUGGCUUCUGUGAGUGAUCCCAAUGGUAGAAGAAAUAUAUCAGUGACAGAGAAAAGUUCAGGAUUCCAGGUCACACUGAAUGGCUGUAUAUCCAGCUGUGAAACAUGUGCCUCCCUUGUAUUAUCCCUUUCAAGGCCCACACCUCAGGCUGAUUCCUUGGACUGGUGUAAUGUUAACCAACUUGUGAAGACUGUUCUCCACAAAGCGUCUAGUGAACUUCCGAAAAAUUCCUCUCUCAAACCAGUGUGCUCCCGACUUUUUCACCGGAGUGAUGUUGUAGAUUUACAGAGCCUCACAACAGAUUUUCCCAAAAUUCUAAAAGACGUUUGGGGUGAGAAUGCCCCCUGUCUGGUCUUCGUGCCUGUAGUAGAACUGUCUAUUUCUGAAGAUCUGCAUCUGUCUAUGUGGUUGAGCUAUUGAUCCUAUACAAAGGGAUAUCCAAGUGUUCUGCAGAUAGAACUGUUUAUAGCAUCAGACCCCUGUAUGUGCACAUGGAAGGUGGGAAUCUUCUGUUCAGAAGCAUUGAGAAGAUAUAAGCUUCCACAUUCCAUUACUGUGGACUGAUAUAUUGAUGGACUGAUCUUUACACGUGUAUGUUUACAAUUUGCAGUUAACCCCUUUGAGAAGACCACCCAAAAUUGCACUAAAAAGUGAUCUUCUCUAGGGGGUGGUGUUCUUAAAGAAAAUGGUCACUAUAUGUAAAAAAUGGUGGAAUGAAAAUCUGUCACGUGAAAUAUGGUCUGGAUGAGGGGAUAGUCUUUUCAAAUAGGCGGUCUUUUUGAAAGGAUUAACUGUAUUUACAUUUGAUCAUUAUCAGUGGAUUUAUAGCUCCAAGAAAGAACAUUGCUUUUGCAUUAUAUCUGUUUGUCAUAUAACUUUACCUGUUCUUACACAAGGGACAACCAAGAUAAAGAGAGGAGGCAGCUUGAAUGAUGUUACAGUUUUCCAUGUGGAUAUGUGCUAAGGAAGCCUAAUGACUAUCAUUGUAGGUUGCUAAAAUUAUCUGGUUGAACUCCAUUGUUCACACUUUACACUUAAAACCACCAAAAUUGACAUGCUGUUAGUUAAAUACCACAGUCUGAAUUGCUACAGAAUUUUUUUUGUGGAUUGAGUUCUGCAAAAUGUAGAGGCAAUUUUUUAAAUUCUCAUCUGCAUUUCUGCAUCUGUAAAUGUUUCCAUGCUAAAUGUCUUUGUGGAAAAUCUGCAGCAAAUAUGUGUGGCCAUACCCAUAGGCUUUGUAAGUGUAUCUUCUCAUAGCGAACCAGCUGUAUUGUAAAUUCCCCGAAUAUACAACUUCCAAAUACGUAUGCAAGCCAAUUGGCACUGGAGACAGUGUGUAUGUGGAUUAUGUGAUAAUCUGUAACACAACACAUCUACACUUUAUUGGUAAUAUCAAUUUACCGCUCCUGACACUUCUUUGUCGUACCCAUUUAGACCUUGCUGUUAUCUAUAGUUACACCAUCAUUCCUUGUAACGCGUCUGUAUAGCUGUCCAUACCAUCAGGACAGUAGUCCCCAUUCAAGUACACCGAGGAUUUAUCUUGUAUUACUUGUACAUGGACAAACGUAUGGAAGCAAUAACCACCUACCUCACUGUUUCCCAACAUCUGUGGAGGGAUUUCAACAUGUCCCAUAAUAGAGAUGUGCAAAGUCUUAGGAAGCUGGUAACAUCAAGUGACUGUCUAUCCUACUCCAUUCUACAGCAGGGGGCAGUAAGAGAAGUUACAGGGUAAUAGAGGACUGAGUGAGGAUUUAUUUUUAUGAUCUCAUUAUUUGUUAAAGAAGAAAUCCAGUACAAGACAACUUAUCCCCUAUUCUCAGGAUAGAGAAUAAGUGUCUGAUUGCGGGGGGUCUGACCGCUGGGACACCCCGUGAUCUCCCAUAUGAAGAGCAGCUGGUUCAGUAAUGUCACACCAUACAUUUCGCACCCAGCGUUGACACUGGUUUAAACACACCCCCUCCAUUCACUUCUAUUGGAGAGGCGGAGACACACGAACGCUGUGUUUCUGCCUCUCUUGUUGAAAUUAAUGGAGGGGGUGUGUUUCUCCCUACGUCAGUACUGGGUGCAAGAGUCACCUAAGCAGAGCCGGGGGCCCUGUACGGGAGAUGGUGUGUCCCAACGGUUGGAUCCCCGCGAUCAGACACUUAUUCCCUAUCCUGCGCAUAGGGGUUAAGUUGUCUUGCUCUGGAUUUUUUCUUUAACUCUCUCGUCCUUGGACAGCUCAUGAGGAUCGGAAAUUAGUUUAAUUCACCUUGGGUAAUUAAUUGUAGUUUUUGAAUAGAAAGCUAGGAACAGAUCAUAAAUGGAGGGAAUGUGUCAUCAGAAAAUGACCUAUUGUUUAAAUCUGGUUUUAAUGAUGAACAUAUUUUUAUACAUUUUUGUUUUUUGUUUUUCUAAUUUUCAAUUUUACUAUUUAUAUCUUAGGGUGCGUUCACACCACGUUUUUGGUUCCAGUUCCUGUAUACGUUUUCAAUUUGAAAACUGUAUGGAACCGUAUUGAAAAACGUAUGCAUUGACUCUCUGUUUUUUUUUUUUUUCCCCUGUUCCCAAAACCAUAGCCUAUUAUGGUUUUUGGUCCAGGUGAAAAACCUUAUUGAAACCGUAUGCGGUUAUUUUAACAGGGGAGUCAAUGGGAACUGUACAGAACCGUAUGUGCGUACGGUCCCAUGCAGUUUGUGCAAUACGGUUUUUGUCUAUGCACACGCACAGUUCUUGGAAUUUCAAUGAAACAAGUGUAACUUUAUUCAUAAUGAAGUGAAAACUUAGAAACAUAAACGGUUUUUAACCGUAUAUGUGUUAAUUUUUGUACACACAUUUUGAUACAUUUUGUUUACUCCGGUUUGGUGGAAUUCAUUUUUUAUCAAAAACCUGCUACGGGAACUGUAUUGCAAAAACGUUGUGUGAAUGCAGCCUUAAAAGUAAUCUUGUAAACUUGCAGUUUCCAUUCUGCCGCUAGGCCUAAAAAUAAACUGACACUUCCUGUUCUGUACAGAUCACUUUCCUGCAGUGCCCUC